GCGCUGUCGUCUGCUCCGCUCCCUCCGUUUAUUUGCGUCCGUCGUCUUGCCACGCCACACACGUCGAGCGCGUCGUUAUGUUCGACGGCGGAUAAGUGUAUUCGCGGCGUGAGUCACAGAGAGGAUAAGGGUACCGAGGGAAAAAAGUGAAAAGAUGUUGCUGUACACGCUGAUCGGCGGCUACAUGCUGACCUCGAUGAUACUAUUCAAGUAUCCCACUCUGCUGCACAGGAAGAAGAAGGUGAAGUUUUUGUGCCAGCACAUCAGCCACCGGGGCGGUGCCGGCGAGAGCUACGAAAAUACAAUGUGCGCAUUCAAACGAGCAGUGGCUAUUGGAACGCAAAUGUUGGAAUUAGAUUGUCAUCUUACAAGAGAUGACGAAGUAGUAGUCUCUCACGAUCAGAAUCUCUUGCGUAGUACCGGUAUAGAUAAGAAUAUUUCCGAAUUGGAUUACAAGGAUCUACCGCUCUUAAAGCAAUGUUUACCAAUUGAUUUUGACCCAGAUGUGGAGUAUAUCGGUUCGGCGACGGAAGAGGAUCGACGAUUUGCACUAUUAAGAGAGGUCUUCGAGGCAUUCCCCAACAUCCCCAUUAACAUUGACAUUAAGAUCAACAACGAUCGGCUUAUAUCGAAAGUUUCUGAUCUUAUAAAAGAAUACAAUAGAGAGGAAUAUACAGUUUGGGGAAACUUCAGUGACGAAGUCACACAGAAAUGUUACAAAAUGAACCCAAAUGUAAACUUACUAUUUUCAAUGCAACGUGUGACGAUGCUGAUACUUCUCAUGUAUACUGGUUUGUUGCCAUUCGUACCCCUAAAGGAAACACAUCUGGAAAUUUUCUUGCCUUCAAUCUACUUGCGUCUCCUGUAUUUUGUUUCUAGACGACAAGGUGGUCCGAGUCCAACAUUUUUACCGCUGGAAAAGUUGGUAGUACGUACGAUUAAUGUACUAUUAAUGAGGCCGUGUUUAUUUAAUCAUUUAAGAGCACGAGGCAUACAUGUAUAUUUUUGGGUCUUGAAUAAAGAUGAAGAAUUCAAAAGGGCUUUUGAUCUGGGAGCAACUGGCGUAAUGACAGACUAUCCAACAAGAUUAAAAUUAUUUUUAAAGAAACAUACAAUAGAUUGAAGUACCGGGUAGAUUUUUAACUAAAGAUUACACAUCAGAUGAAACACAAACUAUUGAGAAAAUUCGCGGAGUUGUUUAUGUCUGGAGGAGAGAUAUCUGCCAUGAUAAGCCAGAAGAUAUAUAAGCUAUACAGAAUAAACAAAGUAGUAUAUUUUUUAUAAGCGAAGCAAAACUAUUUGCUUAUGUUCCGUGUAUAAAUGCCAAUUUUGCCACAAUUGCGACAAUUCGUACAAAACGAUUCAUUAGCGAAAUUGUAUAUACCGUGUGCACCGUGCGCACCGUAUAUACGCCGCACACAAUAGUUUAUUAUAUUUAUGGUAUUUUACAUUAACCAUGCGGGUGUCCAUUCAUUGGAAUAAGAUUGCUCUGGCCUCGUAAAUCUUCCAUUUAACCGUCUCUUUCGAAUAUUUUACUUGAUCAAAAAGUAUAGUUGUCGAGGCUUUUUUCCUUUCAGUUGAAUUGUUGGUUGUGUCGAUUAGUUUAAAAGCGCAAGCUAAUAUUCUGACUAUAUUAGUAUUAACGAUUAUUUCACGUAGCGUAGGCUACCAAGUGAUAUCUGUGCAUCUAGCGAUUUUGUUCCAAUAUAGCGAUUUUUAUAUAGUAGAUAAUUGUAAUGCACGCUUUUAAUUUGCUAAUAGAAUGCAUCCAUAGUCUCAGACUCCAUAUGUUAUCUUUAUUUAUAAUCAUGAUUUAUCUUCAUAUAUAAUCCAAAAAAGAGAACGAAUAUUACCCAACAUCAUUCAUUUCUCUUGUUACAACGACUUUUCAUUUGUAAUACUUUUUCACACUUAGAUUUAUUGUAAGGAAACAAUUCACACACUGUAAGAAAAAGCCCGCAUGCAUAUCUAUCUCGAUUUUUGGUACAAAAUAUCUAAUUGAUUACUAUAUCUCUCUGGGGCCAGCGUUAACUUAGCCCAGCAUUUAAAUGCUUCGAAUAACACGUAUAGUCUGAUCUAUGGUGCAUUUUAAAUAAGUUUUAAUCUUCAUAGUAUUUGCGAAGGGAGGACAUUUUAUGUGAAAAAAAAAAGAGAAAAACUUGAGCUACGCAGAUCGUGAUAUGUCCUUAGUAUAUAUUGGUGUGAUAUAAGGAAUUCCCUUUUCGUAAAAAAAAAAAAUGAAUGUGAUAAAAGUCUGUGUCAGUCUCAUAUAAUAUUGAGAAACUGAAGUCGAUAAAACUCUAUCAGGACUAGUCCUAUUGAAUCAAGAAAAAGAAAUAUACGUGAAAAUAUAUUGUAUCUAACGAGUAUGAUAUUUAUACUGUAUGAAAUAGUUACAGCAUGAUAACCGGUAUUAACAUCUUAUAACAACUUAAUAUAUGUGGGACAUACUUCACAGGAAUUAUCAUCCUUCAUGCGUUGCAUCUAUCCCUGAAGCAUAUCCUACAUAUUAAGUUACAUCGUGUAUUUGCAUACAGGGCAUUUUGCAAUUGAUAUAACUCACAAUCGAUGGAUAUCUAUAUGUUGAAUAUAUGUACUUUUCUAAUCUUUUAAACGUAGAAACAAUAUACCGAAUAAUUAAACGAAUAUUAUGUUAAUAACAUAUUUAACAGCAGCUCACACAUUUGUAAACGUGUAAACGAUAUGACACAUCUUUUCUAACUUAUUAUAUGUAUAUUAUAUAUAAUUUAUAUAUUUAGGCUGUUUUUUAUAUAUACUAGUAUAUAAAAAAAAAGAUCUGUGUGUAUAUGUGCCAUUAUAUAUGUAUACAAUAUACAUAUUCAGAUAAAAGAAUAACAGUAUGUAAGAUUACUAAAAAGACGUGGAAGAUAUCAAUAUUUAUGGUUAUAAGAAAGAUUAUACAUUAUAUGCUGUCUUGUGAGGCAGUCAUAAAUGUGAUGUAUGUUAUCUUUAUUUGACAUGUUUAUAUAAUCUCGAUUUACCAAAAUUAUUAGAGAAUUUUUAAUGAUAUGUAAUUAUACUAACAAAUCUAGUGUUUUGAUGUAUUAUAGUAGCAUAAAUGUUCGUUUAUUUAUGCUAUAAAGAAACGUGUAUAAAUCA